UGAGGCAGUCAGAGAGAAAGAGAGAGGGCGGAGAGAGGGAGAAAAGAGAAAGAAAAAGAAAGAGAUGGGGAGUGGAGUGGAAAAAAGUCCUUAAGAGAUACAUAGAAAGUGUAAGUGAACAAGGGAGAGGUCUAAGUGCGUUCAAAUCAAACAUCAGACAAUACAGUGUUGUAUCAUCAACAGGUCAGCGGACUUACUGGGGGGAUUAUGUCCAAACCUUCGUCCAACGUCAAGGCCCUUCAGGCUAAUUUGAAAAUCCCGAUGGGAGCUUUGCGUCCAGGGGCGGGACAUCCUGUCAAGAGGAGAGAGGAGACAGUAGACACAGAGGAGAGAGCUGCACUGAAACCAGAACUUCCGGAUUCUGUUCCAGAUGCUCAUUCACCAGACCAGCCCAGCGCUGCAGCCCAGACGCCGGAGGAGAAGAAGGCAUUGCCGGGUGCGGUGAAACUGCCUGGGCCUGCUGUCAACCUAUCAGAGCUGCAGAAUGUCAAGAACGAACUACGAUGGGUCACCAAGGAUUAACACAUGGGAUCCCCCAGCCAGCCAGGCGGAGAGGAAAGCAGAUAAUCUUCAUAGACACAGACUUGCCCACUGCCACUGAAGACUAGCAAACUACAAGCUAAUCCCAACAUGUUCGGACGCACAGCUUUCAGUGAAGCCAACGUCUGCAGAAAAUAUCCAACCUUUAACUACCAUCCCCACCAAAAAGCAGGCAUCCAUAAACUCUCUUUCAGUCAGUACUCUAACAGAUUAAAACACUAGAAAAUGUUGAUCUUACCAUUUCAGUUGAUGCUGUCUUGUCAUUAAAUCCAAAUUUAAAUCAUAAUUUAUACAAAAAAGUACUGUAAAGAUGAACUUGAUUUUGCUGCAGCUAAGACUCCUCUUUACUUGGGACUUUUAGAAGUACACAAGAUGCUUUUUUGUUUUGUGGGGUUGUUUUAACAAUAGCAAUAUUUUAUUUAAGUCUGGGUCAUUCAGUGACAAUCGACAUAAUUGAUUGUCAUUCCCCUUUUAACUCUUUGAUGACCAAGUCUUUUCCAUACCGUCAAAACUCCAACUAUUCAACACUGAUUUAUACUGAUGCUUUCUAUUAAAUUAUUCCUUUCUAAAUGUUGUUCCAAUUUGUGGGAUUUAAGUGCAAUUGUGCUACUUUUUAGGGGGAAAUGUUGUUGUUUAAUAGUUAUGAUGAUGGAUAUCUUCAGGAAAAUACUGCAAUAAAUCAAGAUGGUUCUAAAAAAA